GAAAGUUGUGUAACUUGGAAUUGAAACGGUGUUAUGCAUGCAGUACGGAGGAACUUUCUACGCGGUCCCAGCAGGCAGAAGAGAUGGAAAGAUCUCCAGAUCAAGCGACACCAUCGAUCUCCCUCCUCCGACGUUUAACCUCAAACAACUCACUCAGUCAUUUGCCUCGAAAGGGAUGAGCCAGGAUGACAUGAUCACACUCUCAGGAGCACAUACCAUCGGCGUAGCGCACUGUCCUACAUUCUCCAACAGGCUGUACAACUUCAGCCGGAAGGCGAGCACCGACCCAACCUUGAACCCCAAGUAUGCCUACCAGCUGAAGAAGGAAUGCCCUCCGGGGAGCAACAACGAGGUGGACAUGGAUCCACCCAGGCCUCUCACGUUCGACACCAGCUACUACAGCAACCUCCUCGAUAACCGCGGCCUCUUCACCUCCGACCAGACCCUCAUGUCCACGCCUGCUACCGCGGGAAAGGUGAGGCAGUUCGCAGGCAGUUCUGUGCUCUUCAAGCAGAAGUUCGCAGCAGCCAUGGUGAAGAUGGGCAAAAUUGGUGUCCUCACAGGUGAACAAGGCGAGAUACGCAGCUACUGCAGAGUGGUGAACUAGUGGGCACAAAGUCGUCUCCUAUUAUACGAUGCAUUUUGUUUGUUUGCUUCAUCUUUUCUGAUAUUGAUACGUUCGAUCAUAAAGGCGCAUGUCGUUGUGCUGAUUUCCUC